CUAGCUCUCUAUUUUUCAUUUCAUUUUCCCACCAACACUCCCAUUCCAAGCAUUGCACUCUCCAAUCCCUAUUAUUACCCCACCACCAAAACUAGCUUCAAAUUAACCAAAGAUUACUAACAUUUUUAAUGUGAAGUGCAAUUUCAAUUUCAUUUGCAUUUGCAUUUUCAACUCACUUCAACUCCAACAAUGCCUCCAUCUAGUAGCAUCCCAAUCUCAACCUCUCAUUACGUUUCAAUCUCUCUCCAUAACCGUUUCUAUCCUUCUAGAAUCUUCUCCCUUUCUCACACUCCGCGCUUUCUUCCCUUCCCGCACCGCCCUCACUCCUCCGCCUCCGCCGCAGGAGAUAGUCAGUUGCAUGCUCAAUUUUCAAGGGAUGAGAUCCGUAUUGAUACAUGCAAUGAAAGUUCUGGAGGCGACAGUGUCGAACAGCUGCGAGAAUGGUUAUCAUUUUCUGAUUAUAGGCCUAAAACUGAUAUAGGAAAGCGGAUCUUCUGUAACCGGCCACUGAAUAUGAAGAACAUUGUUGCUGUGGGAUUUGACAUGGAUUAUACUUUGGCACAAUACAUGCCUGAAACUUUUGAAUCCCUUGCUUAUCACCGCACCAUUGAAAAGCUGGUUUAUGAUUUGAAAUACCCUAGUGAGUUACUGAGUUGGUCAUUUGAUCCAAAUUACAUGGUUAGAGGUUUGGUUCUUGACAAAAAGAGAGGCAACAUCUUGAAGAUGGAUUGCCACAAAUAUGUGAAAGUAGCUUAUCAUGGAUUUAAAGAGUUAUCAAAAGAAGAUAAAGUUGGGACCUACGGAAAUACUUUAGUAUGUGAUCCUUUUGAUGGGCCAGACUAUGCUCUAAUUGAUACACUCUUUUCUCUUGCGGAAGCCUACUUGUUUGCACAACUGGUUGAUUUUAAGGACAGAAAUCCUGGAAAGAUUCCAAUGUCUGUUGAUUGCCCUUCCAGUUAUGCUUGUCUCUACAAAGAUGUUCGUAAUGCAGUAGAUUUGUGCCACCGAGAUGGAACAUUGAAGCAAAAGGUUGCAACAGAUCCCAGAAGGUAUAUCAAUGAAGACUCUUCAAUAGUUCCCAUGCUUAAAAUGCUUAGAGAUUCUGGACGAGCUACAUUUUUAGUGACAAACAGUUUAUGGGACUAUACAAAUGUUGUCAUGAAUUUCCUCUGUGGAUCCAGUGUGGUAAAUGGCAGCACGGGCUUAGACUGGCUUCAAUACUUUGAUGUUGUCAUCACUGGCAGUACAAAACCGAGCUUUUUUCUUGAGGGAAAUGAUGCUAGCCUGUUUGAGGUUGAGCCUGAGAGUGGAAAGUUACUUAAUACAGAUAAUGGCUCUCCUAUGCCUCAGGUCGGUAACAUCUCAGCAGGGUUGUUGACAAAAGUUAAGGACCGUGUUCGUAAGGUUUUCCAGGGAGGCAGCGUCAAUCAUUUACAUAAUCUACUUUCGAUAGAAUCAAGCUCACAGGUUCUAUAUGUCGGAGAUCAUAUUUAUGGAGAUAUACUACGCAGCAAAAAGGUUCUUGGUUGGAGAACAAUGUUAGUAAUCCCAGAGCUUGAGAGGGAGGUUCAACUCCUCUGGCAAUUGAGGGAUUAUCGCAAGGAUCUUCGAGUAUUGAGGAGCAAGAAUGAUUGCAUUGCGGAUAAAAUGCAUGAUUUGAAUCGGUCUCUCAAAUUGGAGAAUCUAGAUGACCAUACCAAGCAGAAAUUGUAUUCAAAACUUGACGAAUUGAAGCUUGAAAGAGAGAUGGUGCGAUUAAGUAAUCAAGAAAUGCUAAGAAAGUUACACCUAAAGUUUCAUGAGCCAUGGGGCCAGCUUAUGAAGACUGGUUAUCAGAACUCUCGCUUUGCUCAUCAGGUUGAGAGAUUUGCCUGCCUUUAUACAAGCCGGGUAUCUAACUUGGGCUUGUUAUCUUCAGACAAGUACUUUAGACCCAGUGAAGAUUUUAUGCAACAUGAAUUUGGCAUUUCGGAAAGCUGAGAUAUUGCUAAUAUGCUUCAUACCUCCUCCCAUGGAUUUUUUUUGAAACAUAGCCAUUACUACUUUGGUUUUAUCAUUGCUGCUGUUCAGACAGUGCAUUAAUUGAGUAAAAGAAGGUUGUAUAUUACUUUUAACAUAGGAUUGUAUUUUUCUUCUUCCCUUUGUUUGAUAAUAAUAGGGAAGCAAUGGAGAAACAAUGCACGGUAAUAACUCUGCUACUUUACCAAAAAAUUAACCCUAUUUUCAUUGA